AUGCCUUCAAUUAGACGAGAUGAGUCGCGGGAGUCGCGGGAGUCUCGGGAUCGAGACCGAGAUUCGCUUGUGCUGAAGCAUCAACAUUCCUUCUCUGAAUCUGGCAGAGCGUCUGUUCCUAUGUGGGAUAGCUCUGAUCCUGAAAGAGCCCCUCCUCCACUACCAUUGAAUCCAGGUACCUCGUCGAGCCCAGCCGCACGACCCAAUACCUCUGCGAAAAUUGAAGAGGCAGCCGCGCUGAUCACAGCGAAAGCCCGCGAUAAUGCACCAAGCACUUAUACCACCAAUGUUAUGUCCAGCGGAUCCCCGGAGAAAAGCCUUGUCAAACCACAUCACCGACGUUUGCAAUCGGUCCAAAACAGCAAUGUUCGAGGUUUGAGUGACUCGCUCGAGAGACGUUCUCCAGAAAAAGGUCUGCGAGCUUCGAGAACAUCAGAAUUUGAGAGUCGUUCUGCGGAAAGGAGUCCAACAAGGGAAGGUUCAGAGACUCCGACACCAACCGGCAGAGCCACCCCUAAUUAUCUCAGCAAACCAAUUCUGGGCGAGAAUACACCACCAUCCGCUACGAUGCUCGCUCUGCAGUCGAUGCGAUCACGUGCCGAGUCUGAAGCUCCGCUGUCGAACAUCACCAAUUCCUCGAGCAACAUGGGACGAGCUCCGUACACAUUUGAUGCUAUUUCAUCUCAAAUUCUUAGUCUCACCAGUAUUGCCACAAAUCUGCAAAGAGAAAUGGCGGCUCUGAGUAAGCGUAGUAAAGACAAUGCUACGGAUCUGAUAAGUCUGAAAGAGGCUACCAAUUCCCGGGAUGAGGAUAUCCGCAAGAGUUUGAAAGAUCUUUUACUAAAUCUAGACGCGAAGUUCUUGACUGCACCAGAGACUUCACGCUCGACACCGACUCCCGGAUUAUACCUGGAUAAUAAAGCUCACAACUCGACGCCGGCAAGGAAGAACUUUAGUCUGCCACGAAUCCCGAGCCCAAACAGUUUCAGUGUAGCUAUGGAACGAGAACUCACUGCAUCUCCAUCGAUCGUGUCUACGGACGGGGCGGCCAGUAUUGCGCUACUUGAGAAGGUCUUACGAGAAAUGGGCACCAAAGAUGGUCAGGAGAAGAUUUUAAAAACCCUAGAGAGAGUCAAAUCUAGCUCGAAAGAGUCCCGCGUCGAUCAGUCACUUAUGAGCAAGCUGGAAGAGAUUCUGCAGCUAUUGAAGGAUAGCUCGGCUAGCCACGCCCUUGUUCGUUCCUCCCAGAGCUCGCGCACCACAGGACUUUCCAACCCAGAUGCCGAGCCUGGGCAAUUAGCCCGUGCGAUACAGGAUCUCAACGUUAGUGAAAAUAAGAAGGCGGACGAAAACACUUCUACCCCUGACUUCAUCAAUGAUGAGGUUAUGAAAAUCCUGAAACGCGUCAAGCAAUCUGUGUCCGAAGGAGGUGGGUUGACUAACGAAGUCAAAGCACUUGUUCGGGAACUUAGGGGCGAAGUGCUGGGCAUGGGACGCGAGAUUGCUAGAAAACUUGAGCAGGCCGAGUCGUCCUACAAGUCGUCAAGGAACGACAGCCAAGGCCCCGGGCGGGAAGAGAUUGCUCAGAUAGUUGAAGAUGGUCUGCACGAGCUCAAACAGCACAUGGAUCAGCUGAUUCGCGAAAACCGACGACAAUCGGCAGCAAGCACGAGAAGUAUAGCGGAUACGCAAGAGGUCGUUCUAGCCGUGCAAGCUGCUCUUGCCGAGAUACCAAAGCCUAGACAGGAGCCCAUUCGAGAUCCAGCGGCGGAGCGUGAGGAAUUGCUGAGCGCCGUCAGAGAAGCUUGGGAGGAUUGCAAACCAGAAAUCGCGCUCGAGCACUUCGGCCUAGAACGAGAUGAAAUCCUUGACACUCUCAAAGAAGGCCUUCGCUCAUACCAACCACAACACCCGGAAAUCAGAGAGGUUGGAGCCAGUUAUGAAGAGGUGCUUGACGCUGUUCAGAAAGGGCUGGCCGACUUCAAGCCACCCCCGAUUGACACGGACGCAAGUCUCACGCGAGAGGAGAUCCUCAUGUCAGUCAGAGAGUGUCUAGAAAGCUUUGAAUUCCCAAUGCCUGUUCCCCCCACGCCCCUUGCAAAGGAACCGAAUCUUACCCGCGAUGAUGUUGUCGAUGCUGUCAAAGAAGGCUUGGAUAACCAAAGCCACACCACCAAAGAGAUCGAAUUCAACCGAGACGAUCUCUUUGACGCAGUCAAAGCUGGACUCGAAGGUGCACGAACCCCGAUGGGUGGUGUGGGUGAGCAAGUGUUGGAACAGAUGCACGAAUUCCUUGCAAGCAUGAAGAGCGAGUUCAAGCAGUACAGUGCAGCUAACGGCAAAGAUACCGAGCAGGUGCUUGACGCCAUGAAAGACGGCCUCGAGGAACUCAGAGCUGAUAUAGAAUCCUAUGUCGAUCGGGCUGCGGACGUGACCGGCAAAGACGAAAUAAUUGACACGGUCAAAGAUGGCUUCAGGGCAAUGCAAGCUGACAUUGAGAAGGUCUCAGGCAAUCGAGGUGGACAUGUGAAUACACCCGAACUGCUUGAUGCUAUGGAAAAAGAGUUCGAGCACCUCCGGGACUCCCUCCACAAGUCUCUCACUCGUGCAAAUACCUCAACAGAUAGUGCCGAGAUUCUUGACGCGAUCCGUGACUUGUCGGAGGAACGGGGGUCAAGCUUGAGUAGUAAUGGUGAAGAUAUUGCUCGCCUGGUUAAGGAAGAGCUCGAGCACAUGCGAAGUACAUUAGCCGGGACGCUUGUGCGUGCUGCGUCCAACGUGGACCGCGAAGAAAUCCUGGAGGCAAUCCGCGAAGGACUUGAGGCUCAUCAGAGUCCGAGAAAAGCGGAUGGCAAUGAAAGUAUCCUUUCCAACACAAGUGAGCUGUUGGACGCUUUUCAGGAUGGCGUGGAUGGCAUCCGAUCGGAUAUGGAGAAGCUCAUGAAUCGACCGGUCGACAUGAGCACAAGUUAUGAGAUCUUGGAUACUCUCAAAGCUGGAUUGGACAGUGUGCGGUCUGACAUAGAACGCCUCUAUACCACACAAAGGGACCUUUCCGAUACGGCGACAGCGCGGGGUCAAGAGGUCGUCGUGCAUGAUGAAAAUCUCAUAUCUACCGAGAUCGAAGGCUUGAAGGUCAUGAUCACGCAGCUGAGGAUAAAGGUAGAAGCUCUCGACGUGAUGCCUCCAGAACGAGAGCCUCUUCACAAGGAUGAUUUCGCUGAGGUUCGCGCUGCGCUGCAGGAAGUGCAAGCAGCUGUCCUUCACUUUGGUGAUGUAAAAAGCAGCUCCAGCAGUGACAACAUGGCUACCAAGGACGACACCGAUGCCAUUGAAAUUCUGUUACGCAAUGUCAAAGCCAAGCUUGAUGACUUUAGCCUACCGGAUGUCGAUGGGCUCGCAAAGUCCGUCCACUUGGAUUCGAUAGAAGACAUGGUGCGCGAAACGAAGCAUCUUGUGGAACAGACCGAUGCUCAUGCACGCGGCGAGCAUGCAUCAAAAGAAGAUUUGAGCAUCGUGCAGUUGCUUCUGAGAGACGUGGCCGCGGGAGUAGAGGAGCUUCAAGACAAGGUCACAAUACUGUCUAGCGACGACGAUCGCGUCACCAAAACAGAUCUACAGGUCGUGGAGACGUUGUGCUUGGACACCAAGACCCAGCUUGAUGAGUUCACGUCCGUCGACUUUGCAGCUCUGCCCACCAAAGACGAUUUUAAAACCGUUCAUAACACCAUCAAGACCUUCCAAGAGAGCAUCGAAGCAGAAAACGAGCUUACCGCGCAGGCGUUUGAGGCUCGCAAGAUCGAACACGGAGGACUGGCAACAAAGAUCGAGGAUGUGAAAGGCAUCCUCAGUGAGAUCCGGGGAGAAAUGAUUGAGAAGCUCGACGGCAGCGAGGAAGGUAUUGUCGAAUUGUCGAAGGUUCUUGGGCAUCACCACGAAAGCAUGAGCAAAUAUGCAUCCGCAGAGAGCAUCAGCGAACUCAUGGAUCUGAUCAGGACGGAAUUCGAGAAGCAGCAUGAGGAGCAAGGGAAAAGCCGUAACGAUGUUGAGGAAGGGAAUGCCGCAUUGCUUUUCAAGCACGAUGAAGUCCAAGCAGCCAUCUCCAGCGAGUUGUCUGUCAAGAUCGAAGACAAGUUCAGCGAGCUUAUGGCCAAGUACGACGAUGCACAGAUGUCGAACGAGAACAAGCUCAACACUCUUGAAGAGAGAGAUGGCAAGCAUCUUGAAGCAUUGACCACCACCAAAGCCGUGGUCGAUGACCUGAAACUGCUCAUCGACACUCUCGGCUCGACCACGACAGAGGCCUGUGAUAGGAUCUCUGAUGACUCCAAGACGGUCUUCAAUCGCGUUGCUGACGCCAACUCGAAGCUUGAUGUGCUACACCAGACUUCUGCCAAUCAGCACGCUUUGACAAGAGAAGAGGUGGCAAAGACACUAGCUACUGCAAUGCGGCUCGAAGGCUCACUCCUAGAACACCAGCCUGCCGUGUUGGGCGCCAUCAAAGAAGUCAUGAACAUCAUCACCCAACACUACGAGCACUCACAAGCUCACUACCAGCACUCCCAAUCCGCAACCGAAGAGCUUCGCUCGAAUAUCAACGCCAUCCCCUCUACCAUCCCAAGGAGUACGAUGACAGCCAACGGUGCAAAAGAGGCACUCAACAAGAUGGAGGCAAAUGUCUCAGACACCAGAGAAUCCCUCGCCAACAUGGAGAAACUGGACAUGAUCCACGAGCAGAUGCUCGCAACCGCGGGAGAAGUCUCCAGCAUGAUCAUCACGCAGACGCGGUUGAUGGCCGAGCACCACGACUCUCGCGCAACAGAAGCAGCAGAAGCGGGUAUCGCGUUGGAGAAGCGCGUAGCCCAAAAGGAGAGGGUCGAGGCCGAAGUCGUGGCUCUUACGUGCGAGAAGAACGAUCUCCUCAGCGCGGUGGAAGCGCUGAAGAGGGAGAAGGAAGGGCUGAGUGGACAGGCCAAGCGAUUAACGCGAGAAGUAGCCAAGCUCGAGACAGCGCUCAGCAUCCGACAAGAAGAGAUGCGAGAGAUGGACUUGCGGGCGGAGAAGUUGGAGCGCAGGAUCCUGGAGGGCGUCAUGGAUCAUGCCAAGUCACUGAACAUGAUCCGGCCGGUCGCUGCAGGGAGCAAGAAGAGCAGAGCUGCGGAACGGGAUCGAGCGAUGAGUUUGAAGAGGGUGGUGAGUACUUCUUCGACCGCUACUGCCAGGACGGUGGGGACGGUGAAGGACGGCACCACCACCAACAGCGGUACGGGCUCGACGCUGGGGAAUGCGGUGGGUAUGGCGCUGAAGAAGCGGACGCCCCUUUCCAGCGCGGCGAACUCGAUGGUGUCUUCCUCGCGAUCUAGUGGUGGUGCUACUGUUGAACGCAGGAUCCUUAGUACGAGCCAUGUUAUGGGCAACCGGCCACGCGAUCAGCCAGCCACGAAUGAGAGGGCAUUGAUGCUCGCACCGACGGCGAAUGCAAACAACUCUGGCCUGAUGAAUCUCAAGCGCAGUCAUUCCGUCAAGAGCAAUCCGAGCAGUUACUACGGUGGACGGAAGGCUUCGUGGAAUGGUCGCGGCAUGACGGAUCUGAGCAUGGUCUCGUCUGCGGACAAAGAGAAUGAGAUCCUGACCGAAGAAGAAGAAGACGAGGAAGAGGGGAGUCAAGGAGAGGACGGCAGUGAGGCGGGCACGGAAAGAAGGACCUCCUUCUCCGGCACCAGUGCAAUGUACACUGAUAGUCUGACAUACGGCACUGGCAGUACGCUGAGCCGCAACACCUCCGAUGCUGGGAGGUCGGUCAGCUAUGCCAGCUCCGCGGCUGGUGUGGUCGGUGGUGCGACGGAGGAGAGUAUCGAGGAAGAAGUGGAGGACGACGACGACAAAGAGGAAGAGGAAGACCAGGCUGCGGGACAAGAAACGCCACCUGCCAGCAUGGAGACCAGGGAUGGAGAGGGAGACGCAACUCAAGACGACGAGUCGGCCAAAAUCCUAGCCCUGCUCGGUCCACCCACCUCUUCCUCUGUCGUCUCCGCCACCAGCACCGUGUCCUCAUCGCUCACAUCCGCAGAUGACGACCAAGACGCAUCCUCUCCGCCUUCGCCUUCGCCUUCGCCUUCUGUCGCCGACGACGACCACGAUCACGAGCAGCAGCAGCAGCAGGAACUUACCCUCGCCACCGCGCUCUCAGACCUGCAACCACCCAAACCGGCCUUUGCAAAGGCAGACAAGAGAGGCGAUGUGGUCACGUACAAUGAAGGCCAGCAGCAUAGCGAUAGCGGGUUAGGAUCGGAGCCUCAGACGGCGGAUGUGGAGAGGAUGGGCGCGGCGGCCGAGUAUUUUCAGAGGGAUACCAAGUUUUGA